GUGUGUGUGUGUGGAUGUGUGUGGGGUGUGGGUGUCCCUUACGUCCUUCCUCCUCCCCCUCCUCCUCCUUCUGCUCCCCCCUCCUUUCCCUCACCUCCUCCCCCCUCUCCUCUCCCUCCUCCUGGUCCUCAUCGCCCCUCUCCUCCUCUUCCUCCCCUCUCUCUUCCUCUCCCUGAAUUUUCUCCUCUCCUCUCAGGUCAGUCCAUGGUAUUCCGCUCCCCCCUAGACCUCUAUUCCUCCCACUUCUUGUUGCCAAACUUCGCGGAUUCUCACCACUGCUCCCUACUUCUGGCGAGUAGCGGCGGCGGGAACGGUGCGGGAGGCGGCGGCGGCGAGGGAGGCGGCGGCGGCGGCGGCGGCGGCGGCGGCGGGAACCGUGCGGGAGGCGGCGGUGCUGGCGGAGCAGGCGGCGGCGGCGGCGGCGGCGGCUCCAGGGCCCCCCCGGAAGAGUUGUCCAUGUUCCAGCUGCCCACCCUCAACUUCUCGCCGGAGCAGGUGGCCAGCGUCUGCGAGACGCUGGAGGAGACGGGCGACAUUGAGCGGCUGGGCCGCUUCCUCUGGUCGCUGCCUGUGGCCCCCGGGGCGUGCGAGGCCAUCAACAAACACGAGUCGAUCCUGCGCGCGCGCGCCGUGGUCGCCUUCCACACGGGCAACUUCCGCGACCUGUACCACAUCCUGGAGAACCACAAGUUCACCAAGGAGUCUCACGGCAAGCUGCAGGCCAUGUGGCUCGAGGCUCACUACCAGGAGGCCGAGAAGCUGCGCGGCCGCCCACUCGGCCCGGUGGACAAGUACCGCGUGCGCAAGAAGUUCCCGCUGCCGCGCACCAUCUGGGACGGCGAGCAGAAGACGCAUUGCUUCAAGGAGCGGACUCGGAGCCUGCUGCGGGAGUGGUACCUGCAGGACCCCUACCCCAACCCCAGCAAGAAACGCGAACUGGCGCAGGCCACCGGCCUCACUCCCACACAAGUAGGCAACUGGUUUAAGAACCGGCGGCAGCGCGACCGCGCCGCAGCGGCCAAGAACAGGCUCCAGCACCAGGCCAUCGGACCCAGCGGCAUGCGCUCGCUGGCCGAACCCGGCUGCCCCACGCACGGCUCGGCAGAGUCGCCGUCCACGGCGGCCAGCCCCACCACCAGUGUGUCCAGCCUGACGGAGCGCGCGGACACCGGCACCUCCAUCCUCUCGGUAACCUCCAGCGACUCGGAAUGUGAUGUAUGAUAGCCAAGGCUGCCCUCCUCCUCCCACCCCCUCCUUCCCCUCCUCUUUCCCCUCCUCCUCCUAGCCCUCCUCCUCUUCCUCCUCUUCCUCCUCCAUCCCCAGAACAAACCGAAAUCAGGAUACACAACCAUACACACACAUAAGUCCAUACACACUCCCACCCCAGCCAAAAAUAUAUAAAAAUCAAGAAAAAUAACAAAUUAACCGCAAACCAUCAAAAAUCCCAAACCACCAUCUACCACCACGGCCAACCCAAAGGACCUCGACGCCAACAGACAGUCACAAACGCUGAUGUUGCGGGCAGAAAACAUAAAAGAGGUGACAAUUGUAUACUUUCUAGGACAAGCACGGCUUCUCCUUUUGGUUCCCACGGACCCGGCACCCCACCUGCAUGACGAUUUAUUUGUAUCUGGGAAAAUAUUCUCUCUAGUUUAAAAUGAUUUAAAGAGUCGACUAUACAAAAACCACCACCACCACGACGACAAGACGACAAAAGCAAAACAGACAAAAAAAGGAAAAAAAAAAUCUACCAUCUCCGCUCCGAAUUUGUUUAAAAAAAGAAAGAAAGAAAAAGAAAAAAAAAAAGAACUCCUGGAGAGAGAAAUAGCAAAUGUUUCUCGCCUUUUGUUGCGCUCUCUCUCUUUUUUCCUCUCUUGCUCUCUUUCUUUCUCUUUCUUCUCUCUGUUUUUAAGUCCAAGUAUUGGUCAAACAAGAUGCAAUCUUCUGUUUUUUGUUCAGCAGACAAUCAUUUUCGUAAGCACCUUUUUUCUCUCUACUCUGUCACUGCCUGUGUGGGUACUGGUUAUAAAUGUGGAAAAAGAAUAGUUAUGACUGUAACAGAUUUUUAUUUUUAUUUCAAAAUUUUAUAUGAAUUAUGUAUAUCUUAAUGAUCGGUCAUUUUCCCAGUUUGUAAUAUAUGUGUAGAAAUUGCCUGUAUAUGAUAUUGCUUUUUCUCCUCUCCCUUUCUUUCUCUCUUUCUCCCUCCUUUCUUCCUCCCACCCCGCUCACCUGUCUCUUUCCUUUUGGGGGUGUCCCCCUCCCACUCAGUGUUCCUGGCGUCGACUUGGUACUCCAGGCAAGGCGUGGUGGCCUGGGUUAGGAAGAGGGACCCCGGCGCUAGCUAAAGCGGAGAGUGAGACCGUAGUAUUCUUAUGCAAAAGCUAUUUCAAGUAUUUCUUAGCUGCUUUGGAGGUAUCUCUCACUCCCCGUAGGGCGCUUUUACUGUUAUCUUAACUGCGUGUUUAUCUAUAUGUAAAAACUUUCUAUAAGCAAAUACAGUAUUCUCCAUUUUCUUAUCACUCCCA